AUGGGUCUCGAAGAACUGCCUCCGGAGCUGAUCGAGCGAAUCGCUUUACUUCUUCCCUUGCCCGACAUAUGUUCCUUCCGCCUCUCGAGCCGGAAUAUGGAGGCCGGGGGCACUCAUUCCCACUUCAAGACGCACUUCUACGAGAAGCGAAUCAAGGUCACAGAGCCGGAGCUCCGCAAAUUCGCAGAAACGGUAGCUGCUGGAGGUCUGCCUUGCUUGCUCCGUCAUGUCACGCUCGUUGCGCCGCUGUACGAUCCUGAGUACUUGCAAUGCGAUGCUGAUGAUAAGGCCAUGGAGAUUGCUGGGCUGAACGCUGUCAAUGUUGAAGACGUGCAAGAUGCGCAACUCGAUUGCAUGUUGGCAGAAAUUAAAGGGCUCGAGGAUGAUCAAGCCGCACAGCUGGAAAUGCGAGACCGAGGCCUGGAUUUUGCGCUCCUUGGGGAAGCCUUUGGUAGCCUAGCAAGGCAUGAAGUUACUCUGCACUCUGUAACGACGGAGGUGAAAGUGCACAAAGGCGAUGUGAGCAGAGCUCGCCAUCCGCUAGACCAAGCUUGCAAGCCUACCUUCCCGACAGCAGCGUAUCUCUCUCGACUCAUAUUCCGUGUACUCGGCAGCCAUGAAGUUCCAAUCCGGGCUCUCCAUCUAUUCAAUACCGAGGCAAUGCAGGAUUGUUGCGUACCGGUGGACUGGUUGAAAGAUGUUGACUUCAGCCGUUCAAGCACAGCAUGGCAAACUCUGAGCAGCCUCUCGCUGAGCCUCUCGAACAAGCUCAUAAAUCGAUACGUGGGCGCAGAAGGCGUGCUUGGCCACGGCUGGCUUUUGGAUCACCGAUUGCCAACACGGCCAUACGAGGAGCUCCUGGCCGAAAGCAAAGACGCAAAGAACUUCACCGGUCUAGUGCGCCUACUGGAAUGUUGUGAGAGUCUGACUUCACUCGAGUUAUCGCGCGUGUCACUGGGAUUGACGACGAAUGCGAUCAGCCAUGCGCAAGAUGCUGGCAUUCUGCACGCAGUGGAUCAGGUCAAAAUGUCAAACCUGACCAGCCUCAAACUGCAAGGCUUCCACACCUCCCCGGACCAAAUGCUCGGCCUUCUACGUCGCCAUCGAUCCCUACAGCAUCUUUCGCUGUGUAUCUUCAGUAUCCUGCAUGCAGAGCCCGUGCAAAGAGCGCAACUUGGAGAGUGUCCAGUGCAUCAGUGCGCAUGCUUGAUUGUGGUCAUGCUCGGAUCAGCUGCCACUGAGGGGCCUGGAUUGGGUGAAUUGACUUCAUUCACUCCUUGUCCCCACUUGCCUGACAUACGCUUCGCCUUUGAUCACAUGCUCCAGGACGAGGUGAAUUUCAUGGAACGAAAAGUCACCACACACCUCGCCGGCGCAUUCCCGCUCACGACAUCCGCCAUGUCUCUCCAAGAGCUGCCACAGGAGAUCUUCGAUGAAAUCCUCCAACUCCUUCCGCUCCACGACACAUGCUCGCUGCGCCUCGUGAACCGGGCUCUGGCAUUCGUAGCUACCGACACCGAUUUCAAAGCCAGGUUUCGAGCAAAGACCGUCGAGAUGAACGAGACUGGCCUUCGUCGCUUCGCAAAAGCAAUGAAAUGCGGCGGUCUGUCACUGUUGCUCCGAGACCUAACGCUCGCGGCGCAAGUCUACGACAUCAAUACGCUUUCCGACGAGAUCGACGACAAACAGAUCUCCUCAUUCGGGCCGGACACCCCUUACGCGAGCGACGGCACGCUGCAGCACGUUAUUCAACCCCUGGGUCCGGAGGAACUGAAGAAGAUGGAAGCGGAUAUGGAAGAAAUGGACAAGCAAGACGAGGAGUUGCAAAAAUUCCAGGAGUCGAAAAUGGAUGCGUUCUUGCUUGGCGCUGCGUUCUCUGGUCUUGAUAAGCACGGCAUUGCUCUGGACUCUAUUCGGGCAGAGGUCAUCCUGUAUCAACAGGAUAGCAGCACGCCGGUUCUCCCUCUUUGGGGCUUCGACGACCAACCCACCUGGGCCGCAGCCAACUACCUCACACAAGUGAUCUUGAAUUCGCUCAACCUUAGCGACUUCCACGUUGAGAAGCUCGACUUGUUCAACAGCGAUCGGAUGGUUGGUUGCAGCCUGGCCAUCGAUGCGCUAAGCAAGGUCAAAUUCAGCAACUCGCACUCGGCCUUACGCAAUCUCAAAUGCCUCUCUCUGAGCAUCUCCGAAGGUUAUGAUGCCACAGCUGAAGAGCUAGAUCCCGCUUACUUCGAAGGCUUCGCCGGUUUGUUGCGAAGCUGUUCGAAUCUCACACACUUGGACCUUGCAGACUAUCGCUUGGCAAUGUACAAGCACGAAGACAACCCGGAAUUGUAUCUGCUGCAAUCAAGAGGCAUUGUGCAGGCUCUGAAUGAGGCUCAGCUACCUAAGCUGCAGAUUCUCAAGCUGCAGGGCUUCCAUAUCAACGAGGAGCAACUCUUGAGCAUCAUUCAGGCCCGCCACACACUCCACCAGCUUUCUCUCCGCGCGAUCCACCUCCAAGGGGGCAGAUUUCAGCCAGUUCUGGACUACUGUACGCAAGACACAAAGCUCAAAGACAUCCUGCUCGAUAGCCUGUUCAACCAGGGCAAGUUGCAGUUCAGUCCCCCAUGGGCCAUCGACAAAUCGAUCGAGAAUCCCACUUACGACGGCUACGUAGACCUGAAAGCGCAUUGGCGCCGAGGACCAGACGCCGGCAAGAUUGAGUACACCAUCUACGGUGGCGGGAUCCGCAACGUCACGGAGUUGAACUGGGAGCAAAACAUCGAGAACUGGUACGGACCGCAUCCGGACGGACAGUCUCGUGCGAGACACUUGCUGAGGCCGGAAGAGAUCUGGCGCGCGUUGAUUUAA